AUGGGAUCGGAGACAGUACACAAACUUGGUGUGAUAGAAUUCACAGACAAGAACACAAACCCUGAGACAGAAUCAUGGUGGGAGACAUGCAAUUUGCAAAAAGCUAUUCGAUCUCCCAACUCAAACAGAGGUCCAAAACAAGUCCUCUACGGCUACGUCGGCCAAAUCCCCUUCCUUCCUCUCUACACCAUCCAAGUAAUCCAAAAUUUCUCUAACGUCAUGUGGCAUAUCGGAAACCCCGCUUUCGAUGAAAAUCUUGUGGUGUACACAAAGUUGGCGGCGGAGGUGGAGAGGAUAGCGGUGCGAAUGGUGUGCGAGAGCUAUGGUGUCGGAAAAUACUACGACUCAUACGUGGAAUCUGCUAACUACCUGUGCAGAACAAAAGUUUUAUGUCAACUAUCCAUCAAAAUCAAGUUGAUGGUCUCCAGAUUAAAGCCAAAGAUGGUGAAUGGUUCACAGUUCAUCACCUCUCUCCCUCCUCCAUCAUCGUCAUGGCUGGCAUGGAGCAAUAAGAGGAUAAAAUCCCCCCACCACAGAGUGACAAUGGAGGGAAACGAAGCAAGAUACUCGAUUGCCCAAUUCUCAUUCAUGGAGAAAGAUAUGGUGGCGACGCCCGAUGAAUUCGUGGACCAAGAUCAUCCUCAGCAAUACAAGCCAUUUGAUCACCUCAAAUUUCUUGAUUUUUUCAGCCAAGAAGAGAACAGAAAGCUGGAGAGUGCUAUCACAACCUAUUGUGGUGUUUCACAGUAAUGCCAUUUCCCAACUGUUUCUGUAAUAAAUUGUGUGCAAGGAAACUAACUAUGGUAUUGGUUUUCAGUGUUGGUUUGCAACUUAAUUAAUUAUAAGAGUUUUUUGUUUUGCAAAAAUGUAAGUGUGCGGGGCUAUACCUUCUUGUAAUUGUUGUUUGGAAUAAUAAUUUCAAC